CCCCAGCCACAGCUGGAACCAAGAAGGCUGUGUCCCCCUUCCUCUCGGCGUCCUUUCUGUCUCCUGCUGUCAGGGCACAGUCCUCAGGAUGUUCCAGGGGGAAUAGAAGCUGGAAACAGCCUCUGACCAGUUCCCACCAAUAAUGGGGCUCCCAAUGAGUCAUCUGCUGGCUGGCCUGUGUAUGUGUGUGGCCUUAGGCUGGGGAGGGGGCUCAGCCCCCAACCUGGGCCCUGCUGAGCAGGAGCAGAACCAUUACCUGGCCCAGCUGUUCGGCCUGUAUGGGGAGAAUGGCACGCUGACUGCAGGGGGCCUUGCCAGGCUUCUGCACAGCCUAGGGCUAGGCCGAGUUCAGGGACUGCGCCUGGGACAUCAUGGGCCUCCGGCUGGUCCGGCUAUAACCCCAGCUGGAGACAAUUCCACACACAGGCCACGGGACCCUGAAUUGAGUGUGGAUGUCUGGGCUGAGCUGCCUCUGGGUCCCUCAGGGUGGGGUGACCUGGAGGAGCCAAAGGCCCCACCACGCCCCCAUGGGCCAGCCCCCUCGGGCCUGGACCUCUUUCACAGGCUGCUGCUGCUGGACCAUUCACUAGCUGACCAUCUGAAUGAAGAUUGUCUGAAUGGCUCCCAGCUGCUGGUCAAUUUUGGCCUGAGCCCCGCUGCUCCUCUGACCCCUCAUCAGUUUGCUCUGCUGUGCCCAGCCCUGCUUUAUCAGAUCGACAGCCGUGUUUGCAUCCAGGCCCCAGCCCCAGCCCCCUCAGAGGAUCUACUGUCUGCCCUGGUUCACAGUGCCCUGGCUGUCCUGCUGCUCAGCCUCCCAGCUCCCCUCUCCCUGCUGCUGCUGCGGCUCCUGGGAUCUCGUCUGCUGCGGCCCCUGCUGGGCUUCCUGGGGGCCCUAGCCGUGGGCACUCUUUGUGGGGACGCACUGCUACACUUGCUGCCACAUGCACAAGGAGAGCAGCAUGCCGGACCUAGCGGGCAACCGGAAGAUGAUCUGGGUCCCGGGCUGUCGGUCCUUGGUGGUCUCUUCCUGCUCUUCAUGCUGGAGAACAUGCUAGGGCUUUUGCGGCACCGAGGGCUCAGGCCAAGAUGCUGCAGGCGAAAAAGAAAAGAUCUCAGAACACCGAACCUGAACCUGGAGGAUGGCAGUGGGAUGGCACUUCAGCCCCUACAGGCAGUUCCAGAGCCAGGGGCUCAGGGCUGCAUGGAGCAGGCCAGCCAGCCUCCACCAGCCCCAGUCCCUCCUGGGCACCAAGGCCACAGUCAUGGUCACCAGGGCAAUGGUGAUGCCAAUAUAACAUGGAUGGUCCUCCUGGGAGAUGGUCUGCACAACCUCACUGAUGGGCUGGCCAUAGGUGCUGCCUUCUCUCAUGGCUUCUCCAGUGGCCUCAGCACUACCCUAGCGGUCUUCUGCCACGAGCUGCCCCACGAACUGGGUGAUUUUGCAAUGCUGCUCCGGGCAGGGCUGUCCUUUCGGAGGCUGCUGCUGCUGAGCCUGGUGUCUGGAGCUCUGGGGCUGGCGGGCGCAGCCCUGGGGCUACCAGCCCUGCUGCGUCCUCCUGAACCCCUCCGUAUGCUCGAAGUGCUGCUGCAGGGCCUAGGACUGCUGCUGGGGGGCGGCCUCAUGCUCACCAUAGCCCUGCUGGAGGAGCAGCUGCAGCCCCUGGUCUCUGCUGGCUGAUGGGGGCCAGGGGAAAGGCGUCCAGCCUGCCCUUCCUUCCCCCCAACCACAGGAAUGGAGGCGGGACACAGGGCCAGUAGGAGCAAUAGGAUUUUAAUAAACAGAACCCAUCCCAAAGCCAUGACUACGACAGUUAUACUUGCACCAAAACAGCAUAGAAAACCAGGAUGUGGCAGGAGGGAGGGCUCCAAGCAGGUCUGGGGAGGACAUGAGUAGGGGCCUGGAGGGUACAGGGUGCCUCAAUCUUCUUCGGGGAAAGCAUUGUGCUUUAGCCCAGGGAGGAGGGGGAGGGGUGGGGCAAUGCACCGAGGUCCCCACUUUUUCCUGCUACCCUCAGCACCCUGGGGAUACAGGCAUCUGGGCAGAUCUGCCCUUUAUUGCUGCCCACCAGCAUUAAACACCCCCGACCCCAACGCUAGCACCACAGGUGAUUCCAAGGCAGGGAGAAGGGAAGGGAAAAUUGCUUAGAGAAAGAUUCAACUAGAAUCCAGUGAAUUGUGCUCAGUUCUCUUUACUUCCUACAACCGAGUACAUGGGUCACAGGGUGGAGGGUGCAAGAGGACAUGGAACAUGCCCCUCAGUGCCCCCAACACACCCCUGCACACAGGAUGGUGGUGUCUGCAGCAUCACAGGUCAUGCAGGGCAUGGGGAAGGGGAGGAUCACACACACAUAGACGCCCACAGUGGGUACCAGACAGAGAACACCCCUGAAUAUACAUAGCUAUACACAGGGAACCCUCAGGUCCCCAACCCAACCCUCUCCCCUGUCUUGCCGUCCCCCAGGCAGGAGGAACUGUAUUGCUUUGAGAGAGCCACCCUGGGGGCCGCUCUGCCAGGCACCCUCCCCUCCCACCCACCCCCAUUUUGGCACAUCUGCAAGACAUACGGCAGCGAGAGUAGGUACCCUCCCCUCCUAGGCUUCUGUGGCUUGGAGUUGAGGAAGGGGGUAGGAGAUUUCAUCCUCCACCUUUCCCCUAGCCCUUCCCAAACCCCUACCAAACCCACUCCAGCUGGAACCCACCCCCACCCCCAAAACACACACAUACAAAGCUGAGCUAUCCAGGAAUACAGGGAACAAGGAGAUUGUCCAGGACAGGAGCGGAGGCAAUAGGAGAGAAAGGACUGGAAGCAGAGACCCCACCCUGGUGUGGGGGUAAGACUGGCACAACAGCUACUUUAGUGCAAUUGGAGAGGGUGCCCAGAGUGAGGGAUGGAGAUGGGAGGGGAAGGCUCUCCCUGACUUCCCUGGGGGCAAAGCCAGGCUCCCCAGGGAAGGGGCCUAGCAGGAGUGGGGGCGGGCCAAGGGCAGAUCCUCUCUGGUCACCCGCCACCCUCUGCCUUCCCAGAUGCAGUGACAGUGUCCUCCUCACACCUAAGUGGGCAACAGCAGCCUUGGAGUCAGUACCUUCAAGUAAUUCAUAGAGCAGACCCUCCCCACCCCAGCUUCCUCCCAUCUCUGGGAUUUGGUCGCUUCCCUAGGGGUUGGGUUGGGAGGUGGGAGUCCUCAAGUCAGACCAUUCCCUCUCUACCUCCCCCUUCCCAGACCACUGGGCUUGGUCCUCAAAUAUUCCUCACCUCCGCCCUUGCCCAGGUGGGUCAAGGCCACAGAGGGCUGGAGCCACCAUGAUGGGGGGGGGGGAAGGGGCUGCUUUUGCGCCUUCUCCCUCCUUCUUACAAGGUAGGGUUCAAACUAGGCAGGAUGGGGCCCCACACUGGUUUGCCCCAGGAGGAGGGUUUCUGGGCUAGGGUCUGUAAGGCUAUUUUCCUUUGCGGUGGGAAGGGGAGGCGGGGGAUGAACACUGGGUGGGGGAGAGGGUGAAGAAUGGCGAAGGGGGAUAGAGGAAGGGGCCUCCCUGCUGGAGUACAGUCACUGGAGUCAUUCAGACGAAGAAACACGCAUGUGCACAAGAUGCAGAGUGUGCCUGCUCCCAGCCUUUCCAGCCUGGCCCCACCCCACCUCUCAGGGCCUCUUCCAAGACCCCAGAGAAGGUUUUGGGGAUACAGCUGUAGAACCGUUCACUCUGGCCCCACACCCCUCGCAUCCCCAGCCUCUUCUCCCCUUCUAGGUCCAGGGAGUAAAAAGGUGCUCGGGUGGGCAGACAGCGGUGGAAACAGUAUUGAGUUUUCCUUUGGUUACAUAUUGAAGGCAAAGGUGAGCUGGACUUACAGUCAAAACGGAUCGGGAUGAGGGAAGAAGAGGGCCAUGGCGGGGGCUGGAGAGGGAGGCGGGCCCUCCUCAGCCCCUCCACCCCAAGGAACACAUGUCUACGUGGGGUGGCAGUCCCUCAGUCUCAUCUCUCCCACCCCCCACAGCACCAAACAAAAGGAGAAGCCCCCUCCCCCAGGGGCUACUCCCCACCCCAACCUGGGCUGUACAUUCAGUGGUUUUCAGCAGUCCUAUGGCUCAGGGGGCCAGGGGGUGGGGGAGGUGGCCCGUCAGUCUCAGCGGAGCAGUGGCAGUGACCUGGGUCUGUUGGUCCAUCCUGGGACCCACAGUUUGUGCCAUUUGUUUUACUGAAGGAUAGUACACAACCCUACCAAAGCCACCGCCCAAUCAGAAACAUAUCCCCCCAAAAUCAGAAACUAAAAACGCUCUUUUCAUCUCGCCCUCUGAUUCACUAGUCUGUUUCCCUGUCUCCUAUGUAGCCCUCGCUGUCUCCUCUGCUGGGACCUGGGGCUGCUCCCAGGUCCUCACUUAAAAUAGGCUUUUUCUCAAAAGUGCUUAUUACUUGAAGCAAGUGCUUUAGAGCUGCGGUGGGGAGAGGGGGAGGAAAAGAGGGCGGGCGAAGGGAAGGAGAGGUUUCCUCCCCACCCUACCCCCUGAAUAUUGGGGGGCAUUCUGCCUGUUUUACUUCUCCACACCCGUUUAAGUCAAAGAGGUUUUUAAAAAAAAUCUUAACAUUAAAAUAAAUAUGCAGUGGCCAUGAGAAUGGUCAAAAUGCUUCAAAAAAUACUAGGGGCUGGAGAACCCAGGGUGGGGUGUGGGAUUUCCUUUGGCAUAAGGAGAGGAGGCUGCUUGUCCUCCAGGCCUCCUCAUAGCCACAUGAGGAGGGACAAAGGAGGCCCCACCACCUGCCCCAGCACUGCUGACGGUGUGCUGAACAGGCAGCAGGGAGCAGGCAGCCACCAGAAAUCUCGUCUAGCAAAACGAUGGGGCUCCUGACAAACACUCCAAUUCUUCCUGUCAUCGCCGAACGUGGAUAAAGGAGAACACGACUGAUACCCCGAGAGUCUUCUUCUCUGGAGGACCCAGCUCCCUGCUCCCCCGCCCCCCACCACCUAAUUCCCAGCACCAAAAUGAGAGGGAGGGGUGGAAUGGGAAGAUUUCAGGAGAGAGAAUUGAAGUUAGGGGGCAAGCUCUGCAGAACUAGCAGGGUAGGGGUGGGGGGCUGCAGCCCUUAAGAGAGGUCACAUUGAUUGUCGUAUAGGGGAGGACAGGGUAUGGAGGGAGGUGGGCAAGAGGGGCGUUGCAAGGCCCUUUGGCUUUGAAAACAAAAAUAAAAACUAAAAAGCUGCACAAUCCUUCUCACCAAUAAUGGUCAUUUGGAAGC